UAUACUUUUGAGUUUUAUCAAAGUAAGGCUAGUUUCGACUUCAAAAUCUCAGAAACCUCAGUAAAUCAAUUUCACAGGAAAAUAAAACCUCAUUUUUAAAGAAUUGAAAGAAGAAGAAGAGUUAGUUGCAGAACUUUAAUGGCGAAAUCAAAGAACAACAUCAAGAAAUCAAUAAUCACUAUAAACCCUUUUCAUUACAUUCAUUCUUUAUCAAAAUCAUCAACAAAUUCAUCACCAAAAUCACUUAUUUUUACACCAAGAAAGGUUUCAUCAGCAUCAAGAAAUCAUCAAAGUCUCUGUUCCUUGUCAAAUCUUUACCUCUAUUUUCUCUUCGCUCUCACAUUCUUUACCCUUUUUGAAGCAUCAAAUGUUACGAGUUUCAAACCCAUUACUGAUCAUUACUCAAUACCACUCCCAUGUUCUUCUUCUUCUUCUACUUCUUCUUCUCCUUACUCAAUAUCAUUCUCUUCUUCUCGUUCAACACUAAUGGUUUCCUCGAAUGAGAAAAAUGAAGACAAUACAGUGAGAUUAUCUAGUAGUGUAGUGGUACCAUUACCAGCUCAUGGAGUUCCUUCUAAUAGUAAUGUAACAGAAGAAGAAAGAGAGUUUUGGAAACAACCUAAUGGCGGUGGUUAUAAACCAUGUUUGGAGUUUAGUAUUGAUUACCGAAGAUUAUCGAAAGAUAUUGUCAAGGAGAAGACAAGGUUUUUAGUUGUUGUUGCUUCUGGUGGAUUAAAUCAACAGAGAAAUCAAAUUGUUGAUGCUGUUGUUCUUGCAAGAAUUCUUAAAGCUUCAUUGGUUAUACCCAUUCUGAAAGUCAAUUUGAUCUGGGGUGAUGAAAGUGAAUUUUCGGAUAUUUUUGAUGUUGAGCAUUUCAAGAGAACAUUACAAGCUGAUGUUCGAGUAGUAUCAUCACUGCCGUCGACGCAUAUCAUUGCAAGACAGCUUCCUGAAGCUAAAAUUCCCCACGGUGUUUCUCCCUUUUGGAUUCGCAGUAGAUUCUUUAAACAACUAAAUGAAGAAGGGGUUCUUGUUUUGAAAGGGUUAGAUUCUAAACUCUCGAAGAAUCUCCUUCCAGACCUUCAGAAGCUUCGCUGUAAGGUAGCAUUCCACGCUCUGAAAUUUGCAGCUCCAAUUCUGGAACUUGGCAACAGGCUUGCAAGGAGAAUGUGGAUAGAAGGACCUUAUGUUGCAGUACAUCUUCGGUUAGAGAAAGAUGUGUGGAUCAGAACAGGAUGCCGUACUGGUUUAGGAUCAAAAUUUGAUGACAUUAUUGUCAAGGAGAGGGAGUCUCGGCCAGAGUUUCUUACUGGAAGGCUGAAUAUAAGUGCAACUCAAAGAAGACUUGCUGGUCUUUGUCCACUCAAUGCCCACGAAGUUGCAAGACUCUUAAAGGGCUUAGGUGCACCAAGGAGUGCGUUAGUGUAUUCUGCAGGAGGUGAGCCAUUCGGCGGUAAACUAGCUUUGAAGCCUCUUACUACAGAAUUCCCAAAUUUGAUGACAAAGGAGAUGUUGGCGCGAGAAGGGGAGUUAUCACCAUUCAUGAACAGGUCAUCAGCUCUCGCUGCCAUUGACUACAUUGUAUCGUUGAGCAGCGACGUCUUCUUGGCUUCCCAUGGUGGAAACAUGGGUAGCGCGAUGCAGAACAACUGGUUCACUCAUCCAGGGGAUCUGAAUUUUUUGUUUUCGCUCGUUGAUGGAUUAGGGUCACCGUGCCUAUGUCGGGCACAGGAAGUACGUCAAGCCAAACAAGCGAAAGAUGAUCCCUUACUUUGACCAGGAAACUUCCAUACCCAAUAGCUAUGAGGAGUUUAGUGGCAUUAUGAGAUAUCUUCACAAGGGAUUACAAGGGCAGCCACUGUCAAGGAACAACAAGAGAGGCCGUGAUGUGAUUGCUUAUCCAGUUCCAGAAUGUAUGUGCAGACGCUAACUGAUCCGUGAUAGUGAACCCACUGAAUAUAAUUUCCGUCCCGCUGUAAUAUUGUGGUGAGAUUGUGCAUUGGUGUAUAUAUGCUGCAUAUAUUGUUGUUUGGGUCUAGUUGCUCAUUUCUUCAUGAGGCAUUAUUCUGUAAAUUCUUCUAUAAUGCAUGUAAACAUCAUAUAAAAACGCUCCAGAGUUUUCAUAUUCGCGGGAAUCAAUUGGGUGUCGGAAUAAAAUGUACGAACAGUUUUGCCAUUAUCGUUGUAUUUUAAAUGCUGAUGAGUUUGGGGUUCAAGUCAAAUGCCCCAACGACUUCACCACUUUGUACAAGACUCUACAGAAAUCACAUUUGUUGCGAAUAU